AAGAAGCACCAUAACCUCAAAAUAUUCCAUACCAACUUGUUUAUUUUUAUAUUUAUAAGAUUUAAAUUCCUCUGGUGUCCUUUUUCUCCUAAAUUUGAGUAAUUUAUGUGACUGGUAUAAUGUUGUGACUGUUGUUUCAAAAAAGUGAUCAUGCCAGAACUGAAAGUGACCCCCUUAGGGGCAGGCCAAGACGUCGGUAGAAGUUGCAUCCUUCUUUCCAUGGGAGGCAAGAACAUAAUGCUGGAUUGCGGCAUGCAUAUGGGAUACAAUGAUGAGAGAAGGUUCCCAGAUUUCACCUAUAUUACCCCAGAGGGGCCCUUGACUCCAUUUAUCGAUUGUGUGAUAAUUUCACAUUUUCAUUUGGACCAUUGUGGGGCUUUGCCUUACAUGUCUGAGAUGGUGGGGUAUAAUGGGCCCAUUUAUAUGACCCAUCCUACUAAAGCUAUUGCCCCUAUAUUGCUUGAAGAUAUGAGGAAAGUUUCUGUAGAAAAGAAAGGGGAACAAAACUUCUUCACAUCCCAAAACAUUAAAGACUGUAUGAAAAAAGUGGUUGCAGUAACAUUACACCAAUCUGUAAUGGUUGAUAAUGAACUCGAAAUAAAAGCAUAUUAUGCUGGACAUGUGCUUGGAGCUGCAAUGUUCUGGAUAAGAGUGGGGUCACAAUCUGUGGUCUAUACAGGGGAUUAUAAUAUGACCCCUGACAGGCAUUUGGGGGCAGCCUGGAUAGAUAAAUGCAGGCCUGAUUUGCUCAUUUCUGAGUCUACUUAUGCAACCACCAUAAGAGAUUCGAAAAGAUGUAGAGAAAAAGAUUUCUUGAAGAAGGUACAUGAGUGUAUUGAUAGGGGUGGUAAGGUGCUUAUACCGGUAUUUGCACUUGGUAGGGCACAAGAAUUGUGUAUUUUAUUAGAGACUUAUUGGGAAAGGAUGAACUUAAAAGCGCCCAUUUAUUUUGCUCUAGGGCUGACUGAAAAAGCCAAUAACUACUAUAAGAUGUUCAUUACAUGGACAAAUCAAAAAAUUAGGAAAACUUUUGUUCGAAGGAACAUGUUUGACUUCAAACAUAUAAAACCAUUUGAUCGUCAGUAUAUAGAUAAUCCAGGCCCGAUGGUGGUGUUUGCCACCCCUGGCAUGUUGCAUGCUGGUUUGAGCCUUCAAAUUUUUAAAAAAUGGGCUCCAAAUGAAAAUAAUAUGAUUAUAAUGCCUGGUUUUUGUGUCCAGGGUACUGUUGGGCAUAAAAUUCUAAAUGGAGCUAAACAGGUGGAGUUUGAAAACAGGCAGAUGGUGGAUGUCAAGUUAUCUGUGGAAUAUAUGAGUUUUUCAGCUCAUGCUGAUGCUAAAGGAAUAAUGCAACUGAUACAAUAUUGCGAGCCUCGUAACGUUAUACUGGUUCACGGUGAGGCUGAAAAAAUCGCAUUUUUAAAAGAGAAAAUCCAAAAGGAGUUUAAUAUUAAAUGUUUUAACCCGGCGAACGGGGAAACGAACGUUAUUUCUACUCCAGUAAAAAUCCCUAUAGAUGUUUCUUUGCCCUUAUUAAAAUCGGAAGCGAAAAAAUUUAACGCUCUUCCACCGGAUCCUAAAAGGCGGAGAAUUUUACAUGGAGUUUUAGUCAUGAAGGACAGCAAUAUCUGUUUAAUGGACGUGGAUGAUGCCUGCAAGGAAGCUGGUAUAAAUAGACACGUUAUCAGGUUUACCUCGACAAAAACGAUCAAUGACAAUGGUCCGGCCGUUUCCACGGCGCAUAAACUCCACGUGCUACUUACAGAAAAACUUCCGCAGUGGGGAGUGACUUUUUCAGAGGGAGAGAUUUCGGUGGAAUCGGUUUUGGUAAAAGUGGAGGGAGAGGAGGAUGAAUCGCAAAAGACCGUUUAUGUGUCCUGGACCAAUCAGGACGAGGAUCUUGGCAGUUAUAUUUUAAGUCUUAUUAAUUUUAUGGAGCAGUGAAAGAGUGUUUCGAAACAGAUUUGUGAUAAAGACUCUUUAAAUAAAAGUUUACUAUAAAUAAAUUAUCUUUUAGUA